AAAUCUGUAGUCCAUCUGUCUAUAUUUAUUUUUGUAACACGCAUAGAUUUUAAAUUGAUUUAUUUACAAACAAUAUCCAGGACGCUGGUUGAAUGACCAUAAGAAUACGGAAAUUAAGAACAUCUAUAGCCUGCUAUAUAAUUUUCUGAUAAAAUUUAACAACUCACCUAUUAUUUUGUGUUACCAUAAUGGGGAUGUCGCGGUGUUACUCGUUGAUGAAGUGUUUACUGAUUCUGUUCAAUAUUAUAUUUUUGGCCGUGGGCGGCGGCGCGUGCGGCGCGGCGUGCUGGGCGCUGUGGGACGGGCGCGCGGGCGAGGCGGCCGAGGGCCGCGCGGGGCUGUGCGCGCUGGCGGCGUGGGGCGCGGCGCUGGCGCUGGGCGCGGCCGCGGCGCUGGCGGGCGCGGCGCGCGGCUCGGCCAGCCUGCUGGCGGCCGCCUUCGCGCUGCUGGCGCUCAGCGCCGUGGCCGAGGCGGCCGCCGCCUGGUGGGGCGCCGCGCACCUGCCGCAGCUGCGCCGCGCGCUGCUGCGCCGCCUCGACCACACGCUGCGCCACGACUACGGCCGCCUGCACUCGCGCACGCAGAUCCUCGACGCCAUACAGCACGGGUUGGAGUGUUGCGGCACCGAAAGUAUCCGAGACUGGCAGAACUCGGCGUGGUCGCGGGCUAUGGUGGAGGCGGAGGCGGCGCAGCACGGCGCGGGCGGCGUGGACGGCGCGAGUGGCGCCCCGCUGUCGGCGGCGCGAACUGACGACACGCUGGACCUGUCGGUGAGCGCGCCCAGUACUUACUACUGGGUGCCGGCUUCCUGCUGCGUAGCCAGCGCCUCCGAGGCGUGCGCGGGCCCGGUGCGCGUGGCGGCGGCUGCCGGCGCGGCGGGCGCGGCUGGUGCUGGUGGCGGCGGCGCGGCGCUGGCGGGCGCGGCGUGCGGCGCGCGCGCGCUGGCGGCGCUGGCGGCGGCGGCGCGCGCGCCGCUGGCGGCGGGCGGCGCGCUGCUGGCGGCGCACGCGCUGGCGCUGCUGCUGGCGCUCGCGCUGUGCCUGCGCGCCGACCCCGCGCGCCGCUACAAGGCCUAGGCCGCCCGCUGCCCCCGCACGCUGUCCAUGCCUCGAUCCAGCUGUACGAGUUUCUCCUCCCACUUUGGCCGAGGCGAGUCUUUCUGAAAAAAAAAAUACUCGUUUGCCAUUAUUCAGUACGUCUCUCUCCACCGACCCUCCCCUGCCCGGCCGUACACGUUCAGUAUUACGUAGAGUGCAUUUAGUAGCCCACAAAUAUUUGUGUUUAGUAACUGUGAGUCGAGUGUCAAGUUUGACGGGCGAGCGAGGGCCGGGCGCCACCGGCGACCUCGUCGCCGACCUAGCGUUAAGGCCGUAACCAAAUGUGUGUUAGAUGUAAGUUUAUACUUCUAUUAUUUUAAUUCUUUUUUUUUAUUUUUGUACAAUUUCAACAAACGAGCGGUCAGUAUUUUUAUAUCCAAAUAUCUGCACCCCAAUUUUCCAAAAUGUAUACAUUAUUUUUAAUUCUCAUAAAUAUAUUUGUAUCUUAUAAAAUUUUACCAUAAGCAUAAAUAAAUAAAAAGUACGCUACUUAAAUAGCACAUUACAAAUUAGGUAUGAAUAUAUAUCAAAUUAUUUAUUUUUCUCAAACAUGCUUGGAAAUUAGAGCAUUAUUUUGACAAUCUUCUUGUUGGCAAAAGUUGUAUGAAAAUACAUAUCUGUCGUGUUUUAAAGCCAGAUAAAUUACUAAGUAAACUCAUAUCUGUCCUGUAAUUUAAAAAUGGAAUGACCUUUUACUUCGAAACAUGGCUACCAAGGAGGUAACUAAUACAAAGUUUUAUUUAAAUUUCGAACUGGCUUGCAAAUAGAAAGCUGUUUAUUGAAAAAAAAACUAAUUAACAUUAUGGCGCGUGAAAAAUUAUUAUUGUUCGUUAUUUCUUCAUUUAACUUAAAAAAUAAAAUUGUGUUUUUGAUUUCCGCGCAUUGUUUGAGAAAAGUACUAUACAAGCCUUGGUCACAACUAGGCAUUGAUAGACUCACGUAUGUGUGCCUCGGCUACGCCUCGGCCUACAUUUGCACGUUCGUCCAUCAAUACCUCAGUUGUUGGCCGCUGCAGUAAUAUACUAUUAUCAGAAAUAAACUACACAAAAAUCGUUUACAUGGACACAUUUGUCCCACUUGUGUUUCUGCCACCAAACAACUGGAAGUUACUACUGUUAGCACCUCCGGUUCUCUAGAAUAACAACGCACGAGGUGUGCAGUGAGUGCCACAGUGCAAUCUGUAAUAUCUAUGGCGCUGUUCAUGAUUAUAGACGAUAGUUCCUACGAUCCAGUAGAUGGAUCGCUAGUUAGUCAUUCACUAUCUCAUAAAAAUAUAAUUAUGAUUUUGUCACAUUUCGUAGGAAAAAUACUUACAUGUUUACCUUUUUUUUAUACAAGUUUAAAUGGCAAACAAGCUGACGGCCCACCUGAUGGAUAGUAGUAACCGUCGCCUUUAGAUAUGAACAGUAUUAUGGACAUAACAGAAUAUACUAUGUCGCCCAUGCCACAUUGCCAUCCUUGAUGACUAAGGUGGUAUGCCUCUGCACCCUGUAAUUUCAUUGCCUCAUUAUUUAAACCAAAAUACGGCCAUGCAAACAGAACUACUUUUACAUCAGAAACACGAAUGGGACAGAAGUACCCAAACAGAUGUCAUUUGUACAGUCUCCCUGUGGUAAACUAUAAUAUUAUUUAUUCUUAUGGUAUUAUAUUAUAAAAUGGUGGAGCAGUUGAUACGUGCAUGUUAAAACUGAAGCAUAUCUCUGUGUACCUAGUUAGCGUAUGUUAUGUAUCGUAUGUCGUCGAGUUGUUUGUUUGUCGAUGCGUGGCCGCCCGGGGAGCCGGGCGCCGCUGAUCUGCUGUAUAUAAGACUGUGUACUCUAACGGUACUCGAAUAGUAUAAUACUCCGACGUAACACACGGCGAUCAAAGUAAGGUACGGCGGCGGCCGUGACGCCCACCUGUCCAGUCGAUGCUUCGUUACGAGCACAGUGCGACCAUUUGUGUCGAAUAGUCACGUUUUUAUUAUAUUUUAUAUCUUGUAACUAACUCUUCAUCAUCAUUAACUGUCCACUGCUGCGUAGGCCUCCACUUAUUAGGGGGUUUAGCCAGUAGUUGCCAUACCUGGCAGGCGGGUUGACAACCGCAGUUAGGCUUUGGUGAUGUUGAAGAGGGACGCCGCUGUCCAUCCCUCGACCGUUCAGUUGUAAAUUAACUGUUAAAAGUACAAAAUUAUUACGUAAGCUUUCGAUUUUUUACUAUAGCUAAGACGUCGCUAUGGUCAUGUUCAUACUUUGAUCGCCGUGUACGUACGUUUGGUUGGUCGCGUGUACCUACCUCGUGCCGUGUGUGCGUCGUGUCCCCGCCCCCCCACUCGCAGGGCUCCUGCUGUGUCUAAUGGAUUUAUACUCAAAUACUUUUAAUGAAGCAAGCCGCUGAACAAAUUAUAUCAUAUUAUACUAUUUUGUGAGGCAGCUCGCAGCACUUAUCGUUACAUAGUACAAACACUACAAUUGUUUUAUAUUGUACACGCUCUCUAGUCGUAAUGUAAUUAUUGUGAAGUGUGUAUGUGUGCGUGUGUAGGGGGGAGGGGUGGGGGAACACCUGCGCGCACGCCGCCGCCUCUCACUGCCAUGUUUGAGCAUUUAUUGACUUAAGACUGAUUUACUUUCCACUUUUUUUUCCUAUUUAAAUAUAAUUCCCGAAUAUUUUACGUUGUAACAGAGUACAAAUAAUUUAGUGAGUAACGUGUUAUUUUCAUAAUAAUAUUAUUUGAUUGUUAUUUCUAACGAGCUGUCCGUAUAGUUUAGUCGUGGACUGAUUCUCCUAGGUGUAGUACUAACCGAUCGCCGGCCGCUCGGAACUGAGCAGUAGCCACGUGGCGGCACGUGACACCACCCUUACAUACUGUGUAGACUCCAUGUAGUGAAGUUUAAGGGAUGUAGGAGGGUUUUAUUACUUCAGUUUUUCAUUAUGUCACAUAGAUUUGUUUACCCGCCAGUUGUCGUGUAAUUUGACGGUUUAUGACGGUAGUAGAAUACAUGUCUAUGUGUUGGGCAAUAAAAUGACAAUUGUUUUUCUGAGAUACAUGGGUAAUAAGGUAAAUCAGCCAAAGUAAUGUUGACAUAUGAAAGAUUUUGUGAUGUAAAGUUUACACUGUGUGCUCUGCAAUGGAUGUUUUUCUCGCGAUAUACCGUACUUACACAUAGAGUAAUCACGGCCAGCUUAAAUAAGAUAUUUGAAGAUGUAAAAUGUAGUAUGAUCUGAGUUUUCUAAAAGUUUUAGCCACUCGCAUGGCGUGUCGUACAAUAGAUAUGUACUUACAGAGUGCAUAACAAAGUACAAAAUCGAGUGUACCAAUUGCCUGGUUGUGUACUGCACGCUGAUAGUAUCAGUAUCUAUAAUAAAAAAGGUAAACUAAAAAAACAAACGAUAUUUUACGAGUGUCGUGACGGAUCAGUUUGCUUAUUAACACCUGGAUGGUGUAUGGCCAUAUUAAAACAGUUGUGUUAAACAUUAUCAUCUGCCUGACAAAGUUAUUGGUCACCUUGACACAGUUUGAUGCAAAAAUAAGUUUAUUUAUUUUAUUUUUUACGCAACAAAAAAAAAUAUGGGUAAUACUUUUCGGUUUAUACUUAUGUGUCUGUUACGUCCACUCUUCAUUUGUAACGUAUGAUUUAAAUAUGAUGGAUUAUAAUAAACAGAAUUGUUAUGGGUUUGUAAACGGUCAAGCGAUUCGAGUUAAACACACGUCUUUUGUCUUUUUAUGAUAAAGAUGUAUCGCGUCCGUCUUUGGACUACUAGCGCCAAUAUCGUUAUAGUCAUAGAAUACUGACCAAUCUUUAGAUAGAUAGAUAAUUUAUUUGCAUUACUUACAGCACACAAAUUACAACAUAUAUAUACAAAAAAAAAGCGAGAUAACAUAAAUGAUAAAAAAAAACACAUAGCUAAAUACAAUUUUCGUUUGUGCGUGUGCCAUAGCAAUACAAAAUGGCCACAACUCAGUUUAUUGCUUCGCCCUUAAAAGAGCAAAGCACUGAUAUUCUGUUGCGGCCAAAGGGAAUAGGGUGACAAUAAAACAAUACUACCAGAUUAUCUAUACAGUAAAAGAUAGAUAUACAGUAAACAGACAUAUUUGACAGUUUAUCUAGCAGACAAAUGGAACAUAGAGGUAACUUGCUGGAAUGUCUAACUUUUGCCUCUCAAUUAAGAAUUUUUGGAAAUUAAUUUUGAAAUUGGACUUAUUGGACUUUAUAUGUAAUAUUCGGCAGAUCCGUCAGUAUUCUACGAGUAUGACGAUAUGUAAGUAGUUGUUUAAGAUCAACUAGAUCGUGUAUAGAGCCCAUUAGAUUAGUUUUGAUCAUGGCAGUUCUCUAUACUACAUGUCGAGAAUACAAAAUAAAUAUGAGCCGAUGAAAACUUUCUAUUUAAUUCCAUUUGAUUACAAAUAGUGUCGUCACGGGUUCGCCACGAAUGGUUACUCCGUCUGCGGCCGGCGGUAGUGUAUUGAUGUGCUUUUUAUAUCUAAUUAUAUUACUUUUAAGUUUUUUUUUUUUAUAAUAAGCGGACUGCGACGCAAGCUCUUUAUAUAUUAAGUAUGGUAACUCAGGAGUUUGGACUUUCUUUUCAACGGGUCGUUCCAACUCUGAAUAAUUGCACUGACCCCGAGCUCUCUAAUAGAUGUAGUUAUUGUAAAUGUGUGACAUGAUGUUUUAGCGCAUUACAAUUUUGUAGGCCCUUCAUGUCAGAUGUCGUGACGUAACGUGACGUGGCGUGACGUGCCGUGCCGUGCCGUCUAGAGUCUUGGUAAGAGCGUGCGUCGCGGUGCGCGGUCGUCGCGGUGCCAUAGUAUAGACUUAGUCGGUCACAUAUUAUUUAUGUCGUUUUUUGAACACUAAUAAAUGUACUUAUUAUAAAAUGAA